AUGGGCAGAAUCAGUAAUGGUUUUCGUUUCAGGCCGACAGACGAUGAAUGCAUAGCCUAUCUCCAGGGUUUCGUCACUGGGAAUUCCCCUCCCUUCCACGGCUUCAUCUCCAUAGCCGACCUCUACGGCCAAACGGAGCCUUGGGACCUGUUCGAAAAUUCCAAGGUUAAAAGCGGCGGCUGCCGUUACUUCUUCACCAAACUCAAGAAAGUCGGCGCCAAGAAGGGAAGAAGCUACCAGCGCUACUCGAGAAACGUCGGGGCCGGCGGGAAUUGGUCCAACAAAGGCCAGAAAUCCGACAUCAUCGGCCCCAAGGGAAACAUCAUCGGACACUCCAGAACCUUCCGCUACCAGGCGAGAAACUCUGACCACGUGGGCCCCACGCGCGGUGAGUGGGUCCUCAAGGAGUACUCCCUUCCCGAGGGCACAGCACUGGGACUUGACGAGGAUCUGCGGGACUACGUUCUCUGCCUACUCAAGAAGAAAAAGGAGAAGGAAAAAACAAGUACUGGCGUUGUCCAAGCCGUCGAAGCAGAUUUUGACUAUCUGGUUGCCACGCUGGCAGCCCCGUCUCCAGAUAGACGGCUACCGGUCGAGGAUGACGUGGCGCCCGUCGAAACUAACGAGGUCAUGUGGCCGACGACUCAUCAGAACAUGUGGACUGGGGUUAAUGAUGUCAUGCCACCUGAGAGCUGUUGGUCACAAGAUUUAAGGUUGCUGGCGGAAUGUGUUGGUUUCGGAGAAGUUAAUAUUAAUGAAGAUUGUUCUGAGAAUGAGCUGGCGACAGGCGGUGAGGCCAUGUGGCGGUCGAUUAACGAGAGGUCGCCUCUGCACAUGUGGAGCGGGGUUGGUGAUGAUAUAGUAUUGGGUGAUGAUGAUCCGGUUUUGGAAGACGAUCCUUAUGAGUUUGUGGAUAAAUUUUUGCGUGCUAAUUGGAUUCCACAGCCAGCCGUACACUGA